AUGUCCACGCCGUCGAGCCCUGCUGGCGGCGGCAGCAAGCCGCUUCAGCCCGUGUCACACAACGAGCAGCGUGAUGCUGCUAUUUUCUCGCCCCAUCGUCGCACCGACAGCUCCGUCCAUGAGAAGAUUCACCAGUUCAACACCCUUGCCAUGCAGGCAAAGCAACAAGAGCGCAAGACCUUCGAUGCUGCCCUCAAGCGCGCCCAGAUCGGCCGCGAGGAGGCCGAGGCUGAGAUGCGUCGCUACCGCGAUGAAGCCCGGAUGCUUCGGAAGCAGGUUGAGGAGGGCAAGGACCGCGAACGUCGUAUUGCCGAAAGACUAGAGGCUGUGAUGGAAAACUACGCGAAAGCCAAGGAGACCCAUGCUCACACCCAACAGCUGUGGGAAAAGGAGGUCCGUCGUGCCAAAAAGGAGGCUUUUAAAGCCCAAAGCGCUCUUCUGCAUUUCCAGGAGGAUGCGAAGACCGCCCGCACGGCUCAGAAGACUGCUGAGGAGGCUCAGAAGGCGGCCGAGGAAGCGCUCCAGACCGAGAAGGAGCGCAGCAGGAGUUUUGAACAGCAGGCCGAGGAGGCCCAGCAAAAGGUCCUCGAGACCGAGAAGAGGCUGGCCGACGUCCAAGAGGAGCUCGCCAAGGCCCAGGAACGCAUCAGGUCCCUGGAGCAGGAGGUUGAGGCCCUCAGGGACCAACUCAAGGCCCAGGAGGACACCAUCAAUGCUAUGCGCGCGUCCACUUCUUCCAAGAAGUCCCGGCGUCGCUCUGAUGUCGACGACGAACCCGAGGCUCCUAGGAAGCGCGCUCGUCAUUCUUAUGAGAGCGAUUCCGAAGUCGAGAACAUCCAGAUGAUGUGGCAGUGGGAGAAGAAGCGUGCCGACCGUGCCCAGGAACAGAUCGCCUUCCUCGAGGCAGAGUGUCAUCUCAAGAUGUGCUCGGCUGCUAAGACUCUCCGUCAGCGGACCGGACACUUCAUCGUGGAUGCCAGUGACAAGAUGAUUCUUAGUGAGAACACCACGGUAUUCAUGCCAAAGCCGACGCCUGGCCGCUCCAAGACAGACAUGCUCCGCCGCAGCACCAUGUUCUCGCCGGCCAAAGAGGCGCGCGAGGUCGCCCCCUACCGCACGCUCUCGCAGGUCGAGGCCGAGACCGAGGCCCGGGGGCGCGAAUCCAUCUCCUCCAAGGCCGACACGUCACCUACCGCGUCGACUGGCAGCAUGCCGGUUACCCCGAAAGAUGACGAUCCGCUGUUUCGCCGCAGCCCGUCCAUGGAACCUUCGAAGGGCGCAGUCCCGCCAAAGGAACGGACAUCGCUACUCUCGCUGCUCGAUGCUCCAGUCAGGCAAGAAGACCCCGCGCCGCUGUUCAACAUUCCUACGAUCCCCGCUCCUGACCCGAAUGAACAGCCUCAGGAGUCAGAGUCCUUCCCGCUCGUCGGCAUCCCCAAGAUCCCGGUCCUCGCUCCCCGCACCUCAACUGAGUCGGAGCCAGAACACGAGUCAAAGCAAGUGUCGAAGCCCGAGUCCGAGAGCAAGCCCGCUCCGUCACAGCAUGCCUCCGACCAUCCCAACGGCGGUCAGCAAGCCCGCAAGCCCCAUCCCCGAGACCUGUCCAUCCCCGCUCGCGAAACCUACCCUCCAGUGCCGCUCACCGACCCCUUCCCCUCGACCGCCAACACAGGCCUCUCGGCCUCCACCGCCUCCUGCUCCGUCCACGACGCGCCCUACGCCCGCCCGCACACCACCGCGGCCUACUAUCCGUCCGCCUCCGCUUCCUCCGCCUACGCAAAUCCCCUCCUCAAGACGUCAGCCAUAACCGCGCACGUCGCCACAACCAAGGUGCCGCUCAAGGAGGAGACUAGCGACCCGUCGCUGGCGCAGCGCCUCCUCAAGAUACAGCGCACGCCCGUCCGGCCCACAGCCGAUGGCGCGAAGGUCUGGGAAGACCCGGAUAAGAAGCCCAUAUUUGACCCCACCAAUCCCGCGCUGACGCCGACCAUGACGCGUGAGCAGGCCCUGCAGUGUAUUAGGGAGCGUAGGGACCGCGCGCGGAGUGUGGGCCGUGAGAAGGAGGAGAAGGAGAAGAAGCUGGCUGCUCAGCCGAUGAGGAAGGUUAGUGGGAGCAGUGUGGUCAGCAACGCUAGUGCCGCUAGUGGGAAGGCUAGUGUAGGCAGCAAUACUAGCAGUGUUGGUGAGAGGGGUCGCUCGAGGGAAAGGGAGGUUGGUGCGAGGCAGGUUAGCGACCCUACUGCUGCUGCAAAGCCUGCCGUGUCCAAGGUUAGGGAGGUUAGUGCGAUUAGGAGGGUCAGGACAUGA